AUGCCAUUCGGCCUGUGCAAUGCGCCGGUCACGUUUGAGCUUCUCAUGGAGCGGGUGCUCGCCGACAUUCCUCACAGCCAUUGUGUGGUGUACCUGGAUGACCUGCUGGUCCAUGCGAGUGAUUUCAGCAAAGCUUUGGGCCACCUGACCGGCGUCUUCGCUAUUCGUCACGCUGGUCUGCGGCUGAACCCUGCCAAGUGCCACCUACGACAGAGAGAGACUACUUUCCUGGGUCAUGUGGUCAGUGCUGAAGGAGUGGCGACUAAACCAGAGAAAGUAGCGGCUGGAUUGGCCGAUCUCGGGCCCCUACACCGCCUAACGGACAAAGGAAAGCCUUUCGUUUGGACUGACAGCUGUGACACUGCUUUCAACCAGCUAGAAGCAGCCCACACAUCCGCGCCCAUCUUGGCGUAUCCGCACGCAGAUCUCCCCUAUGUGGUGGACACAGACGCUAGUGGCAUCGGAAUUGGGGCUGUCCUCUCACAGCAGGGAGGCAAAAGAGAGCGGGUAGUGGGGUACUACAGUCGCACUCUCAGUCGUGAGGAGAGGAACUACUAUGUCACACGCCGAGAGCUGUCGGCCGUGGUGACGGCACGCGAGGAAGAGCGGGAUCGGGACAAGCCCAGGGUUUCCGCUGCUACAACAAACCUCCCUGAUGACCUGUCUUCAGAACAGCUGCAGCAGCUGCAAGAGUCCGAUACCACCCUGGCCCUGCUCAGGAAGUGGCUGGAACUGCCCAGACGUCCUGAAUGGCCGGCAGUAUCCCCACAUGGCACGGAUGUUAAGGCCUAUUACUCUCAGUGGGGCAACAUCGAGCUACAUAACGGCUUGUUGUUCCGGAGGUGGCUGGCUCCAAGGCAAGGCAAAGACAUCUUGCAGUUAUUAGUGCCCCGUUCACUUCAACCUCAAGUCCUUCAGAGUGUGCACGGCUCAAUCGUCUCAGGCCACUUUGGCAUCUCCAAGACCCUCCGUCGGCUUAGGGGACGUUUCUACUGGCCCGGCUGCCGACAGGACGUGGAAAUACAUGUGCAUUGUUGUGAUUUGUGCACUGCUCGGAAAGGUCCCACCCAGCGCUCACAUGCCCACCUUCAGCAAUACCUGGUCGGGGUACCAACAUAA